AUGUCCAAGCUUCUCGCCUUGACCAAGGUGCUGCCUGUCCUCGCGGUGGGUUCCUUGGCCGUCGACUACCCCACCAUCCCCAAGGACAAGACCACCCCUUACCAACAGCGACUGGCAAUCUAUGGACCCAACGCUGUCUCCGUCGCAUGGAACACCUAUGAGCAGCUGAACCAGAGCUGUGUCGAGUAUGGCACCUCAAGCAGCAACCUGGACUCCAAGGCCUGCUCGACCAAGUCGACCACCUACUCAACCUCGAGGACCUGGUCUAACGUCGCCUACCUGACCGACCUCACCCCGGCCACCACCUACUACUACAAGAUUGUGUCCGACAACUCCACCGUGGGGCAAUUCCUCAGCCCGCGCACACCCGGUGACACGACCCCUUUCAGCAUGGACGUCAUUAUUGACCUGGGUGUCUACGGCACCGACGGUUACACGCUCUCCUCGCGCAAGGCAAAGAAGUCCGACAUUCCCCAGGUCGAGCCCGAUCUGAACCACACCACCAUUGGCCGCCUGGCUGAUACCAUCGACGACUACGAGCUGGUCAUUCAUCCGGGUGAUUUUGCAUACGCCGAUGACUGGUACGAGGAUGUUGGGAACUGGCUGGACGGCUCCGAUGCCUACCAGUCCAUUCUGGAGCGCUUCUAUGACCAGCUGGCUCCCAUCUCCGGUAGCCGACUGUACAUGCCGGGACCAGGCAACCACGAGGCCGACUGCAGCGAGAUUCCCUAUCUGAACGCCCUCUGCCCCGAGGGUCAGAAGAAUUUUACCGACUUCCUGCACCGCUUCGAUGCCACCGUUCCCAGCGCUUUCGCUUCUCAGUCCACCAACACCACCGCCCAGGCACUCGCCGAGAAGGCGCGCAGUCUGGCCGUCCCACCCUUCUGGUACUCUUUCGAGUAUGGCAUGGUUCACGUCACCAUGAUCGACACCGAGACUGACUUCAAGGAGGCUCCCGACGGCACUGAUGGCUCGGCAGAUCUUGACUCGGGCCCGUUCGGCUUCAAGAACGAGCAGCUGGAAUUUCUCGAAGCCGACCUGGCCAGCGUCGACCGCACCGUGACCCCCUGGGUGGUGGUGGCCGGUCAUCGCCCCUGGUACACCACCGGCAGCGGCAACGCCUGCGAUGUCUGCCAGGAGGCCUUCGAGGACAUCUUCUACAAGUACGGCGUCGACCUAGGCGUUUUUGGUCACGUCCACAACUCGCAGCGCUUCCAGCCCGUGGUCAAUGACACUGCCGACCCGAAUGGCCUAAACAACCCCAAGGCGCCCAUGUACAUUGUCGCAGGUGGUGCCGGCAACAUUGAGGGCCUGAGUUCCGUGGGUACAGAGCCCUCCUACACGGCCUUUGCCUACGCCGACGACUACAGCUACAGUACUCUGCGCUUCCUCAACUCGACAGCGCUGCAGGUUGACUUUAUCCGCUCCACUACGGGCGAGACACUGGACUCCAGUGUGCUGUACAAAGAUCAUUCCACUCAAUUUGUUGUGCAGUAG